UGCAGGUCACAUCCUAAGGAAGCAGCCUGAAAUGGAGUUUAGAACACGGGCCUGGGACCCAACUCUGUGGAAGAGAAGAGAUGGACGAGCAGAACCACUGUGCAGAUGUGCUGACCUUCAGCCCAAACCUGGGGGGCAGUUAGAGCUUUGACCUCUAUGGAUAUUUUGUCUUACCGUCUAGUCGGAAGAGGGCUGAACUGCAUUCAGAAGUUGAAGGAAGAUCUGAUCGUUCUACCCACCCCAGUUUCGGGGACAUGUAAAGGCUCCCACAGCCACUUUCCCUUUCCUGCCCCAUCCUGCCAUACUGGAUGUCUGUGGAAAUAGCUCCAGGCUAGGCUGCGCCCUCCGCCACCCCACCCAAUUCUUUCUCUCCUCUUCUAACUCAGGCAGCCCUUGCUUUCAAGCUCCAGUCCAUUAGCUGAGGCGGUGACCUUGACCCUAGCCUAGACCCUGAAAAUGAAGAGCCUGCCUCUGAGUGGUGUGGAGUGAUUUGACCCGUGGUGACCCGCUGUGACCAUUCAUGCAGUCGCGCUCUUAAGACAGUGCUCCGCCAAGGCAGUGCCCAGACAUAAAAAGACCAGGCUGGGCCGGAGAAACCAUCACUUCUGGUGGGUCUCAGACUCAGCACCAGCGCCAUGGCCUGCCCCAGUCUCGCCUGCUGCCUGCUUGGCCUCCUGGCUCUGACCUCCGCCUGCUACAUCCAGAACUGUCCCCUGGGCGGCAAGAGGGCUGCGCUGGACUUGGACACGCGCAAGUGCCUCCCCUGCGGUCCUGGCGGCAAAGGCCGCUGCUUCGGACCCAACAUCUGCUGCGCCGACGAGCUGGGCUGCUUCGUGGGCACCGCCGAGGCGCUGCGCUGCCAGGAGGAGAACUACCUGCCCUCGCCCUGCCAGUCGGGCCAGAAGCCCUGCGGGAGCGGGGGCCGCUGCGCCGCCGCGGGCGUCUGCUGCAGCCCGGAUGGCUGCCGCAUGGACCCCGCCUGCGACCCUGAGUCUGCUUUCUCCGAGCGCUGAGCCCUCUUGGCGAUCCCUUUAGAAUUCAUCCUUCACCCCCCAUGGCCACCCCAGAAAGAAUGACAAAUAAAGCAGAUUUCCUCUUCACA